AUGUCUUUGAAGGAAACUUACCGAAAUAGUGCUCCCGAUCCAGAUGUGCUGUUCAGUCCUACACUCCGUAAGCUAAACAGAUCAAGUUCUGGGAAAAAUGAGGAAAAGAAGGGGAAUAAGGGAAACGGGAAAGGUGAAUCUCUUUCUGAAGGUGGAAAGACAGCCGUGGUGUUUUCCUUGAAGAAUGAAGUUGGUGGAUUGGUGAAAGCUCUCCGACUCUUCCAGGAGAAACAUGUGAGUAUGGUUCAUAUUGAAUCACGAAAAUCGAAGAGAAGGAACUCAGAGGUGGAAAUUUUUGUGGACUGUGAUUGCAGUAAGAAAGAAUUUAAUGAACUGAUCCAGUUGCUCAAGUUUCAAACUAAUAUUGUAUCUCUCAAUCCACCAGAAAACAUCUGGACUGAUGAAGAAGAUCUCGACUGUGUCCCUUGGUUCCCCAGGAAGAUAUCCGAAUUAGACAAAUGCUCACAGAGAGUUUUGAUGUAUGGAUCUGAGCUAGAUGCAGAUCACCCUGGAUUUAAAGACAACGUCUAUCGACAGAGAAGAAAGUACUUUGUGGAUGUUGCCAUGAGCUAUAAAUAUGGUCAACCCAUUCCCAGAGUGGAGUACACAGCUGAAGAAAUUAAAACAUGGGGGGUGGUAUUUAGGGAACUCAGUAAACUCUAUCCCACCCAUGCUUGUCGUGAAUAUUUAAAAAACUUCCCUCUGCUGACCAAGUACUGUGGAUACAGAGAGGAUAAUGUGCCUCAGCUGGAAGAUGUUUCUAUUUUUCUUAAAGAAAGGUCUGGCUUCACAGUGAGACCAGUUGCUGGCUACCUAUCUCCCCGAGACUUUUUAGCUGGCUUAGCGUAUAGAGUUUUUCACUGUACUCAGUACAUACGACAUGGCUCAGAUCCUCUCUACACUCCAGAACCGGAUACGUGCCAUGAACUCUUGGGACACGUGCCUCUACUUGCUGAUCCCAAGUUUGCACAGUUUUCACAAGAGAUAGGACUUGCUUCACUGGGAGCAUCUGAUGAAGAUGUUCAGAAAUUAGCCACUUGCUAUUUUUUUACGAUUGAAUUUGGCCUUUGCAAGCAAGAAGGACAACUACGUGCUUACGGGGCAGGACUUCUGUCUUCUAUUGGCGAAUUGAAGCAUGCUCUCUCUGACAAGGCCAAUGUGAAAACAUUCGAUCCAAAGACAACCUGUUUGCAAGAAUGCCUUAUCACUACUUUCCAGGAAGCUUACUUUGUUUCAGAAAGUUUUGAAGAAGCCAAAGAAAAGAUGAGGGACUUUGCCAAAUCAAUCAAUCGUCCCUUCUCUGUGUAUUUCAAUCCAUAUACACAAAGCAUUGAGAUUCUGAAGGAUACCAGGAGUAUAGAAAACGUUGUCCAGGACCUCCGGAGUGAUCUAAACACCGUAUGUGAUGCUUUAAGCAAAAUGAACCGAUAUUUAGGGAUUUGA